AUGGCACAGGCACAGGCACAGGCACAGCCUUCCCCCAACCUGCUAGAAGCACGGAGACUUGGAGAUCUGGGCUUCUACAGGGAUGCGGCGGAGCUCUAUGCGGUGGUCGAGGCCGAACAACCCAUUUCUCCCCUCAAUCUCCUUCUCGAGGUGUCCGGGUUCAACAUAGAACAAGGGCUGAUUGGAGUGGUCGUCGACCGGCUUAACUCGCGGACUGGUCAGAUUGAUCGAAGCCAAGAAAAGCCGCUCGAGCUGGCACUAUUUGACCUACUAUGGGCUUCUGUUGAAGUAUCCUCGACCGUUCGCUUGGCCGACCCUCUGGCCAAGGCAAUCGGCGUCUUCAACGAACAUCUGAGAGACAGAGCGGUGGAAGAUUAUGACAAACAAACGGCAUAUCUUGCUGUCAUAUACCACGGCUUCUGCAGAGUGGUCGGGCUGGUCGGUUUCAUGAAAGAUGAUCCACCGCCAGUGUUGACCCCUGAACGCUUCCGAGAAAUUUUCCAUCACUUGCAAGAAGGCGGACAGCACAAGGUGGCGUUCAAGCUUGCAGUGUGUUAUGGAGCCUUGCCCGAGUCAUUCGAGGGCUCCCAUCUGACCCUGCUCGACACCCUCAUCCAAUCCGAUCUCGACAGUGAUGUUCUUCGAGCCGACAUCUUCCUGGAAUAUGCAGAGGCCUUGGAAGCCCAGGAUAAGGCCGAAGAUGCCAGCAUGUAUUUGGAACUUGCUGAGCACCUCUAUGUGCGUGCCGGUCACGCAUAUGGACCUCUCUACAUUCAGAUCAAACGACUGCGGAAAGGUGGGGAGCCCGGAGAGCGCCAGCAGCGGAUCGAGAGCCUUUUCAGGAUCAAGUCGGAAUUGGAAAACCUUGCCAACUGGCACGGCGUGCGCCAGGCCCUCCAAGCUCUUCAUCAAAUCAACCUCGAAACCCCGGACGAUUCGCUGAGCACGUCCCUGAACGUCGAGCUGCUAAAGGUUCGCGGGAUCUGCCGCAACGACCUUGACUGGGUCAGUCAGAGAAUGAUCAUCGUCCGCCGAUGGUGUCACACUUAUGCAAAUAUUGCCCAGAGCCUACAGGCGCUGGAAGAAUUGUAUGACGAUAUGAAGGACAUGGAUGCGCCUAUCAUGCUGGCGGACCUCGUCAUGCUCCUGUACGAUGCCUACACCAAGAUUGGCGAUGCGAAGAGGGCAAACCUGUGGCUUUCCCAGCAGCGGCAUUUGCUGCCCCGAAGCUUCAUGAUCCUGUUCGAUCUCGAGCCGUUUUUCCAGCGUCUCCAAGCCAAGACCUCACUGCCUGAACCGGAAAGAGAGCGACGAGAGCUAGAACAGGAGCUAAAUACCACAAGACGCAUCGUGUCGACUACCAAAGGUCUCGAUGAUCGAGCCAUCGAGGUUCGAAGAGUCGCCAACGUCGCCCGAACGUAUAUGGCGCAAUACAGCUUCCGCAGCCUAAACCAGAUCACGGUCCUGGUCAACAUGUGCUUGCAAUUCGUCAACGACUGCUCUGCCAUGUUGUCCAUCCGCGAUGGAAAAGAUCUCACCGCCGUUGCUCUCCAAGUUCAGGCAACCCUGAAGAUUAUCGAGGCCAACCAACCCACCGAGUCCAAGCCUGGACAGGUCAGGUUUCUCCUCGAGUCCAGCCAGCUGGAGCACGAGGCCCUGCAACUCUACCUCGACAUCGACAAAUGGAUCAGCGCAUCGCUGGCCAAAGCCCAGAUGGCGAACUGUCUCCAGACGGUGUGGCUUCACCAGGGAGCUUCGCCCGACUCGACAUAUUUCCACGAGGCUGUCCAACUGUACGUGGAGGCCGUAGGAUUGGCCACGAAGGUGCACCACGUAACCACGGUCAGAUUGCAGACCAUGAACUUGUUGAGGCUUUGGUUCAAAGGGUUUCAGCACCGAAUCAACAUUGACGUUCCUCCUCCUCGUCGUCGUCGCAGCCACGUACCAACACCAACACCGCUGCAAAUGGUUGAGCAGUACCUGGAGAAAAUGGAAGAUCUGACCAACGUGCAGAGGAAUGACUUAUCAGCAUUGAAGAACGAACGGUCCAUCUUGGCCAAGCAAGACCUUCGCAGGCAAAAGGAUAGCCAGGACCUGUACGACAUGGCGGUGCGGGUAUUUGCCACGGUCGACGACAACGCCCCCCUCUGGACCUGGGUGCAAAAGGCCAAGGCUCGCGGCGUAUCGGAUCUCCUGGCCCUGGGCAUCAACCUUCCGGGCGCCCUGACGGCCGAGAUCGAGGCCGAUCCGGCUCUAUCACGUCUAGUGGAAGAAGAGAGACGAAAGCAGAGCGAAAUCGAGUCCGCUCCGCCCGACCACCAGUUCUACCUGGCCAAGGAGCUGGCAAUGCAUCGCUCCAAGAUGCGUGAGCACCCGCCACUGGGCAGGAUGCUGGACCUCCGUGAAGGUUGUCCGGUGGGGAUCCAGAGUCUCCGAGGUCUCCAACAAGUAGCACUACCAGCACCACCACCACCACCAUCAUCAUCGCAACUACAACAACAACCACCGGCAGCCCAGCAAGGGAAACGUUACCAAGAAAGCAGUACCACAGCCACAGUGACACCAGAGACGGUGACCAAGAAGAACAGGUUGAUCUUCGUCGACUGGUUCAAAUUCGAGGAGAUCUACGGCCUGCUGGUCGUGACGGAGGAUACGAUCCAUGCGAUAGCGACCGGAUUCACCAUCGAGGCGGCACGAAACUGGAAGGAGAAAUAUCUCAGGCAUGAUUUGGGACAAUCACAGUCACAGUCAGAGUCACAGUCACAAUCAGACCCCUUCGACAGCCCUGACAUGACACAGUCACAAUCACAUCCCCUCGACAGCCCUGACAUGACGCCUCUCCAGGAGCUGUCGGCCUUGAUCGAGCCGUUGUUGAGCCUGAGCGACGAAGGAGAUAUCCUCGUCUUCUGUCCGACAGAAUUCUUGCACGGCAUCCCAAUCCAUGCUGCCACCUUGGAUGCGACGUCGCGGAAGUCCAUCAUCGAGCGCAAUCCCAUCGUUUACACCAGUAGCAUGACCACACUCAGUCAUUGCGUGUCUAGAGAAUUGCAGCGCGGCGGCCAUUGCAACUUGAAUUCGAAUCCUACUUCUGCCACUAUCAGUAGUGGUGCUGGUAGGAGGACCAGUGGUAGUGGCGAGUUGGGGGGAGAAAACCCAACUGUUGAAACACCACCAUCACCACCACCACCAUCCCUUUCGCAUAGCUUUGUGACCGUCUUUGAAGAGACAGCCGGCAGCAACCCAGUCGAUGACUCCUGGAAAGCCCACCAGGCCGAAAUAUACAGCAACACGCGAGAGAUUGGAUCCAAGUUCCCCGAGUCAACAGUGAGUCUUGGCCACCAUGUGACGCCACAGGUCUUACGCAAUGCGUUCGAGUUCGACAUGAUGUACUUCUUCGGCCAUUGUCGCGACCAGUUUGACAACGUUCUGGACCAAGCACUGGUCCUUGCUGCAGAAGCUGGUGCAGAAGCUGAUGCAGAAGCUCAUCCUCCGCACCAAGAAGAAGUCGAUGCACUUACACUUGCAGCUCUUUCGACGCUGGAAAUCACCAGCCAGGAGAGGGCGGGGCAAAAUCAACAACAACAUCAACAUCAUUUCACCGUGAGAGACAUCUUCCGGUCGAAAGUCCAGGCUUCCAAUGUGAUGCUCAUCGCCUGCGGCUCGGCGUCGGAAUCUUGUACGCCGGGGGACGAGCCAUUGGGCAUCAUCACGUCGCUGCUAUGUGCGGGCGCCUCCUCCGUCAUCGGGACGCUGUGGAAAGUGAAAGUCGAGCAGGGCAUGGACUUCAGCGGACGCAUCUAUGACAUGCUCCUGAGCGAGGCGAAAGCCGUGGCAGGGUCCAAGUCAGACAACAACAGUCACAACGACCACAACAACGAAGACGAUAACAACUACAACAACAAGGAACUGUUCAUUAACUUGGCCAUCAUCUUGCAGAAAACUAUCUGCAAGAUGAAGAGGAAAAAAGACUUCUGCCGGCCUUUUCAGUGGGCACCGUAUAUUUUGUCGGGGUCAUGGUUCGUCAGGCGUAGGUAG